AAAUCCUCUAGGCUCUCGCUGUAAGCACAACCCUCCCGAAGUUGAGUAUACCCGAGGGGGUACGCCUCGGGAAUCACAACAAGCGGCAGGCUUUUCCAGGGAGGUGCGCUGCUGCUUCGGGCAGCUGAAGCCAGCCCUGUGCGUGUGGCGUGUGUGUCAUGUGUAGUGAGGUGUGAGUGUGUGUGUGUGUGAGGCAACAGCGGUUGCGGGAUUCGUGCGGUGCUAUCAAUCACUCGCUUCUCCAGGCGGGAGUCUCCGGCUGAUCCCGUAGGAUCGGGGCGAGGUGGGGAAGGAGAGGGAAUUUGUUUGAAAGAACUUCAUCACCCUCCCCUCCUUCUCGGGUUUCUGUCAGCUGCCGCGCCAGGACACUGGAGGCUGUGGAUCCGCUCAGCGCUGGCACAACCCAGGGAAGGACAGGCUUGGCACCAGCACAUAUUCGACCCGCUCCUGCUUCACACCGCACCGCUCCGCAAAGCCAGCGAGCGCCUCCUGCCACCCAUCUUUAACCUUUGCAGCCCCGGAGUUCCUUCCAGCGCUUUGGAGCGGAUAAGACCCCUCCCGCUAACGGGAGCAGUAGGAGGAGGCGGCAAAGACAGAGAGACCUCGGUGUUAAUCCAGAGAACAGAGUGGACGGAGCGCAUCCCUUGAUCAACCCCUCCCGGCGGCUCCAUGUCUCCGCUCUGGGCACCUUCCCCGGGUGUCUGAUGCGAUGCCCCGCAAACACAGCGACGGGAGCAGAGUGUGGAGGGAGAGCCCCAGGGGAAGGGGCGACGGAGAGGGGCUCCGGCUGCAGGCGGUGGGUACUAGCGACGUGGAGAGCGGCUUGAAGCCCGGCGCCGAGCAGUGCGGGGGCCGAGACGGGACUCUGCUGCUGCCAGAGGUACGGAGGGCGCCCCAACAACACGGAGACCGCCUGGGUCUGUUCACCAAGCCCCUGGACCGCCGCUCCCGCACCGCCCGCAGCAACGCUCGCUACCGGAGGCUGCAAAACCUGCUCUACAACGUCCUGGAGAGACCCAGGACCUGGGCGUUCACCUACCACGGGUUCGUGUUCCUCCUGGUCUUUGGCUGCUUGGUUCUGUCAGUGCUCUCUACAAUCCCGGAGCACGCCACACUUGCUUCGCACUGUCUCUUCAUCCUGGAAUUCGUGAUGAUCGUGGUGUUUGGGCUGGAGUUCAUCGUGCGAGUGUGGGCCGCGGGCUGCUGCUGUCGUUACCGCGGGUGGAUGGGACGCGCCCGCUUUGUUCGCAAGCCGUUCUGUGUCAUCGAUAUCCUGGUUCUGAUCGCCUCCGUCGCCGUCAUUGCUGCCGGCACACAGCAGAACAUCUUUGCCACGUCCGCCCUCCGAAGUCUCCGCUUCCUGCAGAUUCUCCGCAUGGUGCGUAUGGACCGUCGAGGAGGCACCUGGAAGCUGCUGGGCUCCGUGGUGUAUGCGCACAGUAAGGAGCUGAUCACGGCCUGGUACAUCGGCUUCCUGGUGCUCAUCUUCUCCUCGUUCCUCGUCUACUUGGUAGAGAAGGAUUCCAAUGUGCAGUUUGCCACGUAUGCAGAUGCUUUGUGGUGGGGCACGAUUACACUGACGACCAUUGGAUAUGGGGACAAGACUCCCACCACCUGGUUGGGGAGGCUGCUGUCGGCAGGAUUUGCCCUCCUUGGGAUCUCAUUCUUCGCACUUCCAGCGGGCAUUCUUGGCUCGGGGUUUGCCUUAAAAGUUCAAGAACAACACCGGCAGAAACAUUUUGAGAAGAGGAGGCAUCCUGCUGCAAGCCUCAUCCAGGCUGCUUGGCGGUUUUACUCCACCGACGGGAGUCGGACUUACCUGGGGGCCACCUGGCGAUUCUAUGAGAGUAUCCUACAGUCUCUUUCCCAUCUCUCAAUGUUUAGCCACAAAUUAAGUUUUAAGGAUCGGGUGCGAAUGGCCAGCCCCAGGGGUCAAGGGGUGAAAGGUAGGCAAGCCUCGCUAAGUGCCGAGCGCCCGUCACCUGGCAACGACCUCGCCGCAGAGACCAGUCCCACCAAGAUGCAGAAGAGCUGGAGUUUCAAUGACCGGACUCGACUGCAACCUUCACUGCGAUGUAAGGCCGGUCAGGCCCGCGGCACAACAGACGAUGCUGUCAUGGCUCCAGAUGAAGGCUUUGAUGAAAGGGGAGGUCACGCUGAGCUCUCAGUGAAGGAGCUUACACCCGUCUUCAAGACUGUAAUUAGGGCCAUCAGGUUUAUGAAGUUCCACGUUGCAAAAAAAAAGUUCAAAGAGACUCUACGGCCAUACGAUGUGAAGGAUGUGAUUGAGCAAUAUUCGUCUGGACAUUUGGACAUGCUCGGUAGGAUUAAGAGUCUGCAGACACGCGUUGACCAUAUUCUUGGGAAAGGACAAAUCACAACGGAAAAGAGGUCUCGUGAUAAAGGACCCGCAGACAAUGAUGUCACUGUUGAUCUUAGCAUGAUGGGACGGGUGGUAAAAGUUGAAAAGCAGGUACAGUCCAUUGAGUCAAAGCUGGAUGUGCUCUUGGAAGUCUACAGGCAGCGUCUAUGGAAAGGCUCCAUCUCAGCGUUGACUCUUGCCUCUCUGCAGAGCCCUACACUUGACCUCGAUCAAACGUCUGAUUAUCAAAGCCCUGUAGAUGGGCUCUGUUCAGCACGGCCCAGCAACUGCACGUCAAGAUCUACAAGUGCCAGGGGACUGCAGCUCAUCCUCACACCAAAUGACCCAAGUGCUCCCUCUUAUGGCAAUGUUAGCCCGGUCGUGCAUGCUCACCUUACUCCUGGUAACAAGACUGACGGGCCUGCAGAAAAGCCAAUAGUUCCAUCUGCCAAGGCAGGAGAGACCUCUCGGCAGUUACCACCCUUCCAGAAUGGCAGUAGGGUAGCUCCCCUCCAGAUUAUUCCAGUCACUUCACACAGGGUUGAUUCUUACGUCACCACAUGCCUUGUCGCUGGCCAAACGGCAGAAGUUAAUUACACUCAGGAGACGCCGUGGAGGAGGUGCCAGAGUGUAGAAAGCGACUCCUUGGUCACAGUUUGUUCAGUGACGGACAGACCUUUAGAACACUCGCUAUCAGUGCAAAAUCUGAUCCAGCCAACGCAAGGACUGAUGGUGCCAUUCAUGGGCAGGAACCCCAAGAGUGCCAAGGUGCGACAAGAGCACUACCCCAAAUGGACAGAAUCACAAUUCCUGGUCGGGGAUGAGACCAGCCCAGAGGCGUUCGACACCACAAACUCAACAAAGGAUGGCAUUCCCAGAACAUCUCAACUCAUCGAUCAAACUGAAAAUCCUGUACGAUCCUUGAGCAUGUCUCCUGUUCACUUAAAAUGAGAACAAAAGAAGCUUCCUUUUCACGUGUUACUUGAAAAUGCAGCUUUCUCUGAAGUCUCUGAAAAUGGGAUGUCACUUGGACGCUCGGAGACACAAAAAAAAGUGCAGAUGCUGGAAUCUCGAGAUGAACACAAAAUGCUAGAGUAACUCAGCGGGUCAGGUAGCAUCUGUGGAGGGAAUCGACAGACGACGUUGAGGGUCAGGACCCAUCUCCAGAGAGUCACUUGGACAUACUGGCGACAUACUGAACAAAUUAAAAAGGCACUUGUAGGUUCCGUACUGGUCUAGUUGCAUGAAUGAAUGCAUGCUAAAUUGUAAAUGAGAUUGUUUUAAAGUAUUGUGGGAGCAGCUUGUUUCUUUGAUAUACCAGGAAUUAUUUUUGUAUCAAAUGUGCACACAGACAAUUUGAUGUUGUACCAGAGAACAGUCCCGGGAUCUGGACUGAUUAAGACUACUUUUAUUUACAGGAUAGUUGCACUUUCCAACUUCUGUACUGUUUAUGAAACCCUGUUACGUUCUUUUAUCCAGGCAAUGCCCCCUGUUUACACCAGAAGUAUUUUUUCUGAUUAAUGUGAGGUACAAGGUAUAGACCCUCAUUCUGUUUGAAAAUUGUUUGUAAAAUAUUCAACGUUACUUUGAAAGUUAAUUGCUGAAUAUUUUAUUGAACUUUUUAUUUUAAGGUUAAGUGUUCAGCUCAGGUUGUUCUAAGAACCUUUUCGGUGUGGAGAGAAGUGUGUGAACAAUCAAGGAGGCAGAUGGGGGGGAUGGAGUACCAGAGCUAGAAGUCAGUAUGGUCUUCAACUGUGAACAUACUGUAACCUGUAAGAUGUUAUAAAUGAUGUGGCUUCCUUUGAAGCAUAUCCAGCCUUGGGCAAACUCUUUUCCAUUAGAAUAAGAUAUUCAUGUCUCUCUAAAAAAAAAAGACUUACUGUAGAAUGCUUUGUAUAUCAUUUUCGUAAUGUAUGUAUAAGAGAUGCUGAUAUUUGUACUGAUUAGAUAUAUAAUACCGUUUGAACAGCAACCUGGCUGGUAGAUCCAGAUGCUGCUUUGAAGCACAAUUUGUUGAGCAAUCGAUCAUAUAAUAGAAACAUAGAACCUUACAGCACAACAAGAGGCUUUUCAGCUAAUUGUGCCUUUGCUGUCUCUUUGAAAGAGCCAUGCAUGUGAUUCAAACCCUGUCUCUUCACGAGCUAUGAAAAUGAUUUUCUUUCAAUUAUUUAUAUAAAUUCCUCACACAAACCUCCACCAUCCUUUCAGUCGAGUGCAUUCCCAGCAACCGAUUUUUCUAAUUUAUUUGAUUACAUUUUCUAUUUAUUUACCAAUUAUCUUUGACUUACUAAUGAAAUCCGUUUCUCCCAUCAACGGCCAUCAUCCUCAGUAUUUUGAACAUUACUGUUCAUUCAUAGAGUCAUACAGUGUGGGAACAGGUCCUUUUGCCCAACUUGCCCACACUGCCCAACAUGCCCCAUAUACACUAGCCCCACCUGCGUGAGUUUGGCCCAUAUCCCUCUAAACCUGUCCUAUCCAUGUACCUGUCUAAAUGUUUCUUUACAUUUAAGUCACUCCUCACCCUUAUCUGUGUUAAGAAAAAACUGUCCAGAAGCUGAUAAACACGCUCUAAAGUUGUAUCAAUGUUUUGCAUUCUUUCUACACAAGACAUGAACGUCCCAUAUCCCUGGUACCAAUCAAGUAAACCUCCUCAGAAUUUUCUCCAGAGUUUUGGCAUCCUCCCUACAGCAUAGGACCUAGAAAGCCCUAAACAGUGAUUUAUAAAGAUUCUGUUUAGCUCUCCUGCUGCAUUUAUACUUAUGCCUUAUUUAUAAGCAUAGAAUUUCAUGCUUAUCAUAAGCAGUUUUUUUUUAACUUGAAUUUGCUAUCUUAAAAUAUUAAUAUUGUGAAACCACAGGUAUGUAAACUUGCGCUUGCCCAUAGAAAUUGUACCAUUCAAUUUAUUUUAUUGCUCCUCAACACCUUGCACUAUAUAUUUAAUUUUAAAUGUCACAUGUCUGCCCAUUUCAUUGAUCUGCCUAUGUUAUCCUGAUUUGCUACUUGCAUGACUACACACUACUUUUAACUACAGUAAACAUUGAAAUGUGCCCUUGGUGCUCAUCUUUAGAGAAGGAUACUGCAUUCUUCAACCACAUCUGAAAAUUAACCCACACCAUUAAUCUCUUCUUUCUGUCCCAUCAUGUCAGUUUUAUAUCCUUGUCCAGUUCAUUCCAUUUACUACCAAACCUAUUGUGUUGCACUUUACCAAAUGCCUUUUGGACGUCUGUAUAAAAACCAAACUGCAUACGUAAAUCAAAGUCCAUGAACAUGGUUCCAUGUGCUUUCUCCACUUCAUCAUUGCAGAGUUCUGUCAACGUAGAUCUGAUUUACUUUCAGCCAAUGUAUGCUGAUCUUCAUUUAGUGACCCAUGUGUUUCUAGCGAGGAAGUAAUUUGGUGUCACCCAUUAUCUCUGGAAACUGAGAUUAGGUAUGACUGGCCUGUUGAGACUGCAUUUAUUGAAAAAGGGUACUCCAAUUAUCUUGUAAGAAGAAUUUCAAAUCUUUGCCCCCCAAAUGUAACUUAGAAUGCUUCCCGAUGAGUUUUUCUUAUUAUAAUAUUUUCAAAUUUAUACAUUUUUCACACAAAGAGAGUGGUGAAUCUCUGGAAUUCUCUGCCACAGAAGGUAGUUGAGGCCAGUCCAUUGGCUAUAUUUAAGAGGGAGUUAGAUAUGGCCCUUGUGGCUAAAGGGAUCAGGGGGUAUGGAGAGAAGGCAGGUACAGGAUACUGAGUAAAAUGAUCAGCCAUGAUCAUAUUGAAUGGCGGUGCAGGCUCGAAGGGCCGAAUGGCCUACUGCUGCACCUAAUUUCUAUGUUUCUAUGUUUCUAUACAUAUUUCCUAUUUUUCUACUUUCAUUGUAUCCAAUUUGUCCAACUCUUGUUCGCUGUGACAUUAGUAGCAUCCUUUCCUCUCGCAGCUAAGUCACGAUCUAAUGAAUAUUUUCACACUGUCCCUAAUCAGCCCCUCGAAUCAUUUGGCUACCCUCCUACCAUUUGUUGUAUGUUAAUGAAAAACCUACUUAUUCCUUUAUACUUCAGUUCAUACUCCUCAUCUUGGUCCCCAUGUUACCUUUUCCAGUUCUUUUCAAUCUGACCCUGAUACACUUAUUUUCUACAAUUUCAUUUUAAGCUUUAUAUAUUUAAUCACUCAUAACAUCUCUGGAGAACUUCGAUAGGUGACGUUUUGGGUCGGUGCCCUUCUUCAGACUGAUCCUAAGUUCUAGUUUAAGUUAGCUGUAUUUUUCUUCUAGUCGACUCUCUCCCCUCUUUGAAGACAUUCCGUGAAAUACUUAUUGUUUUGUGGGUUAACUUUUGAUUCCAUCCACAGGAACUAGUUCCCAUUUCAAUGCACUAAAGUUUACCCUUUCCUCGUCUUCUUUUGGUAACUGCAAAGCAGAUCAUAGUCCAAAUCAGACAUCCAGGCCAGGGUUUCAGGCCAGGAUUUCAGGUUUAGGCACACUUUCUCUUGAGUGGACUGUACUGUUAAUUGGAUUCACUGUCUGCUUAGAAGCUGCGUAAUGCAGAUACUGUGGAGAAGGUGGCUGUGUCCGCCAUGAUCAGUUCUGAAAUAGUUGUGGAUUUUAUAGCUUUUUCAGAGGAAAGGCCAAUAGUUUAGGCUGUACUGUGAGAUUCCUAGUGGGAACUCCAUGUAACAUAUAGCAAUUCCUGUAAGCAUUAUGCCCGCAGACAUCAAAAUCCAAGUGGAAAUCACAGGGGGGACACCUGUGAAUAACAGAAUUAGCCUUCUGGGUUUGCGUUGAGUUGCUUUGGUGGUAGGUUAGUCAGAUGACAUUGAUCAACGUCUACUGAUGUGUUAUCCAUGGUAUCCUUUGAGCUUGCUAUUCGUUCUGUUGUCUACAGAGCAGUGUUCUCAUCACCACCUCAUAACAACUGAAAUUCCAUUAAUCAUUGAGAUGUCUGACACAUUGGCAUCAGGUGAGAUGCAGUGGUGUCUGAUUGUCAUCUAUAGUGGCGUUUAAUCAUACAGACCGAUACUUGUCUGCUGGUUCAGUGUUUUCCACAAGAAUUCUAAUCUUUAACAUCUGACUGAGCUCAAAGACUCCAGCAUUGUGAUAGCUAUAUAUUAAAGUCUUCCUUUAUUCCCUUCAAUCUCACUACACCCAUGUCGGUAUUGUUUUGUAAAUUCUGACAAAUUUGUUAAAGGCAUUAAUAGUUUGCAUGAUCCAAUUCAUGUUGGUAUCUGUUGACUUUGGAAGGUUUGCCCAUUAUUAUUUAGGAUCUGGAUCAAAUAAUCUCUAAAUGGUCCAAAUAUUUCAAUUGACAAUUUGUGGUUUUGAUUGCUUUCUUUGAAGUACAUAGAUCUGGGUUAUAUUUUGUUUGUCCUUGGUAUCAAAAAGAAGGAAUUACAUUUUUAGGGAAGUCCUCUGCACAAUUGCUUCUCCAUGAUAGCUGACAUUUUCUCAUCACAAAAUUGAGUGACAGUCAUUGCAAUCUCCAAAACGGUAGGAAUGGUGUUGACUAAAAGAGAGUGGAGGGUCUUUGUUGUAUUGGACGUUUGUAGAAAUCAGUGAGCAUCUCUCCCAAGCAUACUGUGGUAAUGGAAUGUUACAAAACUGCUGAGCAUGUGUUUGAUGCAGUUUUCUAUACCUUGUAUAAGAUGGUGCCCUGAGUCAUAUUUCAUAUAGUUACUAAAACCAAUUCAGUCAAGAAACAAUAACUCAUCCCUGUUUGUCAAACUGGUGAACCUAUUCUGAAUCUGAUCUUUCAGAACCUGGAGGUCAACAUUGUGUUUCUUCGGUAAACUUUCAGAAUAUUCACAUUUAGAACAUAAAACCCAUUUUAAGGUUGCGGUAUAUUAUGAUGGGAGGACCGCUUCCUGAUUUGACCUGGUGCCCAAUCUCACCAUGAGAACAAUGUGAUGAUGUCCUUUGCAAUGACAAAUACCCCAGGAUCUAAGAUCAAAGGUCACUUAGAGGCUCCUCCUUUAAAUUAUUCUAAUGCUUGAUCAUUCCUUUUCCUUUUCCAUGUCUGAACUGCAUGAUACUGAGAUCGCUAUUUCUCAAAUAUGUCCCCUGCAGAAAUAUCCCCCGCUGGCCCAUCUUAAGAACAUUCUGUAUUGUUGGCUUCUCUCUUGGAUUGUAAACACAGCGGCCAUGAAAGAUCUCCUAAAAACAUUCCAUGAACCUCUUCACUUACCCUAUUGAUUUUUCCUGUUCGUUGGAAGAGAAAUCCUCCAUUAUCACUAUUUUGUUACUUUAAAGUAUUUAUGCACAAUAUAAAUCAUCUAAGACCUUAGCUCACUGCUCAGUCUGCUUCAGUCUCUCGGUGCCAAGAUGGCUAAGCGAAAAAUAAAUUUAUUGAAUAUCUCAGAACUAUUACUUUAUCUGACGUAUGCAGAAAAUUGAAAGUAAUUGCUCAAAGUUUAAAAACUGCAACAAUAGAGUUUACAUUUUCACUCAUUAAAAACAGUCUGUAAAUUUUAUGAGAUGUACAAUACAUAAAGGAAUAACAUAUUUUGCAGCGGUUGAUUCCUUUUAUUUCACACAUCUGUGGUGCCUUUCUUGUUUGAUCUAAUAUUGAAACUCCCAAGUGUAAGGAGGACCUCUGGCAGACACUGAGGUUCUUUCACCAUCAACUUUAAUUGUGCUAAAUGUCAAUUCAAAUCUUGUUUGAAUUAUGUUUAAUAAAUUGUCUUUAUCAUGUAGAGCUGGGUCAUUUUACUUUAAAUGAUCUGCUUGAGAUGUGAUUUCAGUUUUGUUUAAUUUAUUUUGUUCCACGGCAAGUCAAUUCUAUCUCCAGGAAUAAGGAAAUGUGUUCUUCCAGAAAUAGAAUAAACC